CGCAUGGAAAUGAUGCAAGCCCGGACUGUCACCUGGAUCUCCGCAGCCCGGCCCGGAAUCCGUCUGGAUUGGAGGGACGGGCGAGAAACUGACACCUCAUGUGUUGUACGGCCCCACGUAGACUCUGCCCACCAAAGUGGGGCUAUAAGAAAGGGGGAAGAGGCAGUUGCUCGGGCCGAGUUCUAUAUCUACUGCUUCUGCUCCUACCUUCAAUAGUCUUUUUUUUUUUUUUUUUUUGUGGUAGUUCAAAAUGUCACAACGCCAGGAGUUCCCAUAUGUGGUCAGUUUGCCCCCGAGCAUCGCUGUGCCCAGGAUACUCCUUCAAUCUGCCAAGGCCUUGGGGAUGGGAAUGCCUGAAUUCUAAACGGCGGAAAAAGGAAACUUCCCCAGCCUCGUGCGGGUGUGAUGCGAGCCAGAGGCCCGGGGGACGCAGUUCCAGCACAGAUCGUCGCCUCUCGCCUUUCUUGAGCUGCAACCGGAGCUGAGAUUCGCUUUUAUUUGUUUCAGUCCGUUCGGCCAUUGCCCUGGAGCGCCCGCACACGCGCACGCAUCUCCGGCCGCGCUCACACACACACACGCACGCAAACGCGUGGCCGCCGCCAGGUCGACAACUUUGUGAGGCGCUCCAAGCGGUACUCCGCUUCCUCCUGUAGUAGUUGGGCGCAGGCCCCGCCUCCCAGCCGUGUUGUCAAACGGGCCGGGGUCUCGGAUUGGUCCAGCCGCCAGGACAACACCUGCUCGACUCCUUCAUUCAAGUGACACCAGAGCUUCCAGGGAUAUUUGAGGCACCAUCCCUGCAUUGCCAGGCACUCGCGGCGCUGCUAACGGCCUGGUCACAUGCUCUCCGGAUAGCUACGGGAGGGCGCUGGGUAACCUCUAUCCGAGCCGCGGCCGCGAGGAGGAGGGAAAAGGCGAGCAAGGAGGAAGAGUGGGAGGAGGAGGGGAAGCGGCGAAGGAGGAGGAAGAGGAGGGGAGCACAAAGAAUCCAGGUCUCCGGGCGGGAGGUUUAUACCAAGAACCAUGUGUGCCGAGCGGCUGGGCCAGUUCGUGACCCUGGCUUUGGUGUUGGCCACCUUCGACCCGGCGCGGGGGACCGACGCUACCAACCCACCCGAGGGUCUCCAAGACAGAGGCUCCCAGCAGAAAGGCCGCCUGUCCCUGCAGAACACAGCGGAAAUCCAGCACUGUUUGGUCAAUGCCGGCGAUGUGGGCUGUGGAGUGUUUGAGUGUUUUGAGAACAACUCUUGUGAGAUCCGGGGCUUACAUGGGAUUUGCAUGACUUUUCUGCACAACGCUGGAAAAUUUGAUGCUCAGGGCAAGUCGUUCAUCAAAGAUGCCCUAAAGUGUAAGGCCCACGCUUUGCGGCACAGAUUUGGCUGCAUAAGCCGGAAAUGCCCCGCCAUCAAGGAAAUGGUGUUCCAGCUGCAGCGGGAAUGCUACCUCAAGCACGACCUGUGCUCUGCCGCCCAGGAAAAUACCCAGGUUAUGGUGGAGAUGAUCCACUUCAAGGACUUACUGCUGCAGGAACCCUACGUGGACCUGGUGAACCUGCUGCUGACCUGCGGGGAAGAGGUGAAGGAAGCCAUCACCCACAGCGUGCAGGCUCAGUGUGAACAGAACUGGGGGAGCCUGUGCUCCAUCUUGAGCUUCUGCACCUCCGCCAUCCAGAGGCCCCCCACUGUACCCCCUGAGCGCCAGGUCCAGGUGGACAGAGCCAAGCUUGCCAGGGCCCACCAUGGGGAAGUGGGUCACCACCUCGCAGAGCCCAGCAGUAGGGAGACCAGCAGAGGGGCCAAGGGUGAGCGAGGCAGCAGGAGCCACCCAAGCGCCCACGCCCGGGGCAGAGCCGGGGGCCACGGGGCCCAGGGAUCUUCUGGAAGCAACGAGUGGGAGGAUGAACAAUCUGAAUAUUCCGAUAUCCGGAGGUGAAAUGAGAGGCCUGGCCAUGAAAUCUUUCUUCCACGCCGUCCAUUUUCUUAAUCUAUGGACAUUCCAAAACAUUUACCAUUAAAGAGGGGGGAUGUCACACGCAGGAUUUUAUGGGGAUUGUGGACUUCAUGAAGGUGUAUGUUAGCGGAAUGAACAGGUGAGAUGGAGACUCCUUUGGGCAGCGAGGUCUCAGUCUCGGUUGUACCUGGUGAAUUCUGCAUUCGCACAUACUCAAGUGGGUGUGUCGUCCUCGUCAUAACUUUGUCUUCUUUCAAGCCUACAGAGUCAGUGGGAGGUGGUCUGCAGUUUACUCUGUUG